AUGCUCGUUGAGUACAGCGACAAGGACGACCGCAAGCUCGGAACAAAUCCCAGGGCGGUUCCGCACCGCCAUCAUCCAUAUUCCAGUGACAUGCGAAGAGGCUGCGCGACGGGGAUCCCGUUCCCGAGGCCACUGUACGAGUGCGGGCGCCGCCUGGUGCGAACCACUGUCCACACCAGCACGCGCAUCGUGGGCGGGCGAGACGCGGCGAUUGCAGAGUUCCCUUUCCAGGUUGCUCUUAUUCGGAGAACGAAUGGCCGAAACGUCUUCUUUGGGGGAGGGAGCCUCAUCACAGACAAGUUCGUGCUAACCUGUGGUCACUGUCUGGCAAGGGAGUCGAUGCAGGACUUGACCGUGUGGUUGGGCCUGCAUCGCCUGUCGUUCCCGUCGUUUUUCCAGUGGCGCUCGAAGCCAUGCGCCUUCUUCAUCCACCCCCAGUUCGACGAGGCGACGCUGGUGAACGACAUCGCCCUGCUGCGCCUCAAGGACCGAGUGCCCCUCUGGAGGCUGGGUGGUUACGUGAACACCAUCUGCCUGCCGCCACGAGGAUUCCGGCCGGAAGGGUUCGCCCUAGUCAGCGGAUGGGGCUACACGUCUGAAAAUGGUCCCACUUCCGACGUGCUGCAAGUCGUGGAGCUGCCGCUGGUAAACCUGACCGUGUGCAAGCAGCUCAUCAGAUUCCUCGUCGAAGACACAAAUAUAUGCGCUGGAUUUCUCGAAGGUGGAAAGGACGCAUGCACGGGCGAUUCUGGGGGACCGUUGUUCCAGAUCAUCGACGACACCGCCAUACAGAUAGGUAUUGUCUCUUGGGGACGAAGCUGUGCGGUUCCAAACUCCCCCGGGGUCUACACCGACAUUCAACCGUACCUGCCAUGGAUCGCGAACGUCAUCCAUAACAACAGCACAGCGCUGACAAGUCGACGACCUCGCACAAGCACGGCUGAUUUUGUUGCCAGGCCGUGGAAUCGCAGGACUGUCACCAUAAGGCGACGGCUUCCAGCGAGCGGGCUACCAUUACGUCCACGCUACGGCGUCACCCCAUCUAAUGCGUCAAGCAACGCGGCACUCCGCGUAACUGUGUGA